UACAUCACCACCCAUGGCCACUUCCAAAGUGUACCAAUGCCUCUCGUGCCGCGUAAAAAAUGUCUCCCUGGAUGCGACCAACUCGACUUCGCGCCGAGCCUUUAGCACCACUCCCUCCCAGCAACGCCGAUUGCGCGACGGUGUGAGAGCACCGCAAGCCGAGAGCCUUGAAUCCAGUCUGCGUCCCUAUACCGCGCGCGAAAAGAGACUUCUUGCGCUCAAAUACACUCGCGAACAAAUGGAGGCCAUCCGAGUCGGAGAAGAAGCAAUUCCAUCUUCAGACCUGGUGGAACAGGGCCGUCUGCGAACCGACCCCAUGCGAAUAGACUACAUUGACGACUUUGCCACGAUCCGUCCUGUGGUCGAUGCCACAGCUGCUCAACUCGCAAAAAUGAACAGCCGUCGACUGAAACAAGGCGAACGAUCCACUCUCGGCGCAGCUUUCCGCAAACACGGCCAGGGCAAUAACGCAAACAAGACUCGCAAAGAAGACCAGGAAGACUCUGAUCCUCACAUGCUGCGUCUAUCCCAGCAGAUUGGUCUCGGCAAAGAUGCAAUCCGCAAAAUACGAGUCAAGACCCUCGUUUCUCAUCGUGUGGUCAAUCAAACACGGAUGGGGAAGAUCCAGAGUUUGUAUUUCUUGACUAUUGCGGGGAAUCAAAAUGGAAUGUUGGGCAUUGGGGAGGGCAAAGCCGCAGAAGACGAAGAUGGGAGGAGACAGGCCAUGAUGAAUGCCAUUAGGAAUAUGAAGCCCAUUCCCAGAUAUGAGGAGCGGACAAUCUUUGGAGAAGUUGAAGCGAAAGUUGGGGCUUCUGUGGUGAAGUUGAGUGCGAGACCGCCUGGCUUCGGCAACCGCUGUCAACAUCUCAUCUUUGAACUCGCACGAGCUGCUGGAAUCUCGGAUCUCGCCGCCCGAACACCUCGCUCACGGAACAAGAUGAAUGUCGUCAAGGCAGCUUUUGAAGCUUUGACCAACCAGCGUCUACCAGAGGAUGUCGCGAGGGCACGGGGGAAGAAGAUGGUGGAUGUGCGUGGUGUGUACUAUGGGGGACUUGUGCAUUAACUCACUAUGAGGGAGAGAAACCUUUGUACAGAUAGAUAAUGGGGUGAUGGUAGGCUGCAGAGCUCUCUGUACUAAAGAGGGAGUAUAGAGAUUGCAACAAGCCUGCGAGUAGAGUAACUCCGUAUGAAAUCC